AUGGCUAAAGCAUUUAAAGCGAAAACUGUAAAAACUGACAUCUACCAGGAAGUAACCGACCGCAUCAUUGAGGUCAUGGAAAAAGGCAAACUGCCCUGGCUCAAGCCUUGGAACGAUGCAGGCAAGGGCGACGCCAUCAUCCAGCUGCCAUACAACGCAGUCAGCGGCAAAAACUACAGCGGAGUAAAUACCCUGCUGUUAUUCAUCCGCUCAAUGGAAAUGAAUUUCAGCUCUAAUGCCUGGCUGACUUUCAAACAGGCACAAGAAUUAGGCGGCAAUAUUCGCAAGGGCGAAAAGGGAACCAUGAUCACCUACUGGAGCAAGUUCUCAGUUAAGGAAGAGAUCAACGGAGAAGAGACAGAAAAAAAUAUCCCGUUUGUGAAAAAGUACAUCGUUUUUAACUUUGAGCAGUGCGAAAACAUCAACCCUGAAAAAUUCCAAGAGCUGAAGCCAAUGGAAAGACCAGAAGGCUUUGAAGAUCUGGAGAGCUUUGUAAAUGCAACCGGCGCAAUUAUCCGCCAUGGUGGAAACAGAGCUUGCUACCUGCCAGGCAAAGAACGCGAUUUUAUUAUGAUGCCCAGAGUAGAGCAGUUUAACGAAACAGAGGGAUAUUACAGCACCCUGUUACAUGAGCUGACACACUGGAGUGGGGCAAAAUGGCGGUGCGACCGUGACCUUACAGGCCGGUUCGGUUCCGAGAGCUACGCCAUGGAAGAGCUAAUAGCAGAAAUGGGUAGCGCCUUUGUUUCUGCCCAGUUUGGGAUCAACUGCGAACUACAGCACGCGAGCUACUUGCAGAGCUGGUUGAAGGUACUGAAGGAAGACAAAAAAGCCAUCUUUACCGCCGCCGCAAAAGCCCAGGAAGCCGCCAACUACUUAAACGGCUUCAGCCAGGAAGAAAUCAAGGCAGCGUAA